AGUAUCAGUUGACACUGGCAUUUAAUUGUUGACGGUGAUGACUAAAGGAAAAAUUUUCAUCGAGUCAUAAAAAUAGACGUCUUUUAAUUAUCAUUAGGUUUUUUAAUUGUGAAGGUGAACAAAAACAACUAGUGUAAUUGUAAACUUUCAAUGUGAUAGUUUCUGAUGCAUCGUAUUUUGGUAAUAGUGAAAAAAUAAUAUUCUAAACAAUGGAAGAAAUAAUGGAAAUAGAUUCUUAUUCAUGCGAAACAUUGAAUAAAAAUUCUAAAUAUCAGAAAGAAAAUGUUUAUAAUAAAUUAUUACCCUACGCUGAGGAACUGGAAGGAGAGUCCGCAAAAUUAUUUGAGGAUAUUAAGAGCAAUCUUGUGAAAUCUCUACUGGCUAGAGAAAUGAGACCUGGCUGUGCCUUAUGGACAUCUAGGUUGAUGAAGUAUAUAAAAAUUUAUGGAUUAAAAUUCUCAAAAGAAAAUCACAUUACUUUAAUCAAGUUAUUCUAUGAAUUAGUUAUCAUUCCAGACCUAGAACCUACUAGAAUUAAUAAAUGGGCAAAUACUUUGAUCCAAUUAUUGAAAAAGAAAUACUUGCUUACUAGAGACGAUUUGCAAUUAGAUUGGAGACCUUUAUAUGACUUGUGUAUAAAGAUAACUGAAAAGAGUAAAACUGGAAUAGGAAUGUAUAGAUAUGCUUCUAAUUUUGAGAUGACAAUUUUUCAUCUUAUAAGAUUAUGUAAGGUAUAUUUUCCGGCUUCAGCCACUCAGGAUAUUUUGGAUGAAUUCAGACCAAGAUUAUGUGUGUUUAAUCAAAGUGAAAUGACUACCACAAUUAGAUAUUUAGAGUUAUUUCUGCCAAAUAGUAUGAAGUUGGAAGAAGCAGAUAUUAGUUACAAAUUGUGGUUUGAAGAGUUAAUGAAUAUCUGGGAUACAUGUCAGGAUGAUAGCUCAUGGGAAAAUAGUAUGAUGUGGAUAAUGACAGGACUCGCAAGAUUUCAAGUAGGUCGUGUGGACUGGCAACCUUACAUCCCAAAUAUGUUUGUUAGGUUUCAAAGAACCUUUCAAUUACCUGUAGCUUUCAAACAAAGACAUAUGGGUAGAUCACAUAAAAUUGACAUUUCUGCAAUUGCUAUGUGGAUAGUGUGUGUUUUAAAUGGGGACAAGAAUGUAGCUUUUUUUCAUUUUGAAAAGUUCAUGCAAAGCUUAGAAUCUUAUUUUUACCCUGCCAAUACCGGAAGGUGGACUUCAAAAUUGAGAGAAUUAUUAAGAAUGUUGUCGUUUUAUUUUAUACAAAGGGUUCAUUGUGAGAGAUAUAAAACAAAUUCUUGGGAAUUCCAAGUACCUGAUCAUUUUAAACUUACUGAAGAAGAUGUAGAUAGAUUUGUAAAUAUAAUGAAACCAUGUAUAGAACAGGCCCUGUAUAAUAGAGCGGGACUACAUGAUACCAGUAUAACACUUCAAUAUCUUUCAUGUCUAAGACCAAAUAUUAUCAUUCCAAUGACUUUGGAAAAAUUGUACUCUUCAAUGAAUAGUUUAACAGAACCUCAUAAGUUAACUUCUUCUAUGAUAGCAGUGAUUGCAUGCGGAAGGUACAUGGUACAAGGUAGUCGUAACAACUAUCCAGAAGGUCCAACGCACAUAAUUCCACUAUUAAUGGAACUUCUUCCUGGAAUAGAUCCAAAUGAUAUUAGAAAAUCUUAUGUAACAUUCAAUUUCAUCGUUCAUUUCGUCAAUAUGAUUCCAUUAAUUGAUUCAUCUGGAGCAAGCACUUACCAUGAUUUGACAGAAGAGGAACACAUUGUUUGUGAAGCUUCGGCCAAUUUUGAAGAUUUCGUUUUACAGUUUUUUGAUAAAUUGUGUGUUUGGAUGGAAUCAAAUAGUUUAGAUUUCAUAAGGUUGGAACAGAUGACGAAUAAUGAAAAUAUUAAGAAUAGAGUCGAAACUAUUUCAGAAAGUGCAUUGGGAUCUGUGAUUGCAGUUGUUUUGAAUCAGUGCUCUCCUACUAUUUUUAAGAGUGCCUUAAAGAAAAUUUACAAUUUUGUUACAAGCAAAGUAAUGGAAGUUCAUGUUUCUGGUAAGAUGUUAGCUAUUGGAUGCCACUGCUUUGCGAAAAUAAACCCAAAAGAAACUUUAAAACAAUUUUUGCCGUAUUUAUGUGAAAGAAUAGAAGAGCUCUUGAACGAAAAUCCAAAUAUCCUUAAAGAAGAACAUAUUGAUGAUGAACUACUAUAUAAUUUGUUAAUGUUGUCUGAAUUAGUUGACGGACGAUCAGAAAUAUUGAACUACAUGGAACCAUUAACGAGAAUAUUGGAUAAAACUCUGCAUAUGACAUGUCAAAGUGCAAGCCAGUUAUCGGCUAGAAUGCUAGAACUUAUGAUGUCAUCCUUAACUAAUAUUCAACCGACUGAAGCUAGAAGCUGUUCGAUAGAUUAUUCAACGCCAGUUAAAGACUUUUUAGCCAUUAGAGAAUGGGGUAAGGCGCAAGAAAUUAAGGACCUAAAAAUAUCCUGGUACGUUCCAGGUAUGAAAGAAGUUGAAGCAGCCCAAAAUUUAUUGGCCAGAUAUUUAAUGCCGGAAUUGGAGAAGCUAGAAAAAUAUUCUAACGGAGAAGAAAAUUUUACGAGACACGAAUUGAAAAGGUCCCUAAAAAUUAUCAUUUCCAUUUUAUCGUGUCAACCCCUCUUACCCAUGUGGGAAGAAGACGUCAUCCCAUUAGUAGAAACAGUACUGGAACCAUGGAAUUUCAAUCUUAAAGUUAGUGGAUGUGGAACUGUGACAAUGCCCGAUGGUUCCAAUGUUCGAAAAGCUGUUGUUACUAUUUUACAUAAGUUGCAAAAACGAUUAAUGGAAGUGGAUGAAGGUGAUACACAAAGUAUUCAGAACAUUAUCAACAUUUACAAUAUAAUUUUGUUCAACAAAACACGUGGUCAAGAUUUUGAGUUUCAUUGGAAAAGUUUUCAUAUGACGAAAAAACUGUUAGAAGAUCGUUUACAUCAAAAAAAACUUCAUUUGCGUCAUUUGUUAAUUGAUAGGGUGAUGUUGCAACAAGAAUUUCGAAUUGAAAGCAGAAACUGUUCGUUUACGGAGACACACCGAAUGUUAAUGUUGGAUCUUUUCGAGUUGAGCACGUCUAGAUACAGUGAAGUGAGGGUGGCAGCUCAAGCUAAAUUAUUCUCAAUAGUUUCUUAUUUCCCUUAUUCGUAUUCAGUACUAACUGAAAAAAUAACGGAAAUUCUCCAAAUGGAUUCAGAAAAAAAUCACGAAAAAUUUAAAGGUUGUUUGUAUAUAUUAUUGGGGCCUAAAGGUUCUCCAAUAGUUGCCAGACAUGAUUGGAAGUUUAUCGAACAAUUAUGGCCCCUCAUCAUUAGGUCCAUGCCAUCGGAGAAACCGUCUAUUAUUAAUUUGAUAAUGGCGUUAGGUGAAGCUGUCGAUAAAUUUUUUCCAACAAUUGCUAUUAAUUUAGUAAUACCAGAAAGUGCGAUAAAAUUAACUUACGAUUUGGCUAAUAAUGAACCAGUGUGUGACAUGAAUCAAUUUGAUCAAUUAGAGGCAAAUGGUAGAGAAUAUAUCAAAAGAAGAAGUGAAGAGAGAAGAGCUGCUUAUAAUGGAACAUUAAAUGCCUUAAUGGACUCUCUUGAAUCAGGAAGUUUACAUUGGCGAUACCAUCAAAUGGCUAUCAAUUUUAUCAAGGAUCUUGUCCACAGAGAUGUGAAAUAUAGUCCAAGGAUAGUGAAAUUUUUCCUAAAAUCAUGUAUAGACGAUUCAUUAUUAGUUAGAAAAACUUCUUUAAAAAUUCUCGUUUACAUUUUGGUUCAGAACAAAUCGAUAUAUACAAAAAUUGAAAUAGAUCCGUUUUCAUUUGUCAAACAAACUGUGAUUAACAGAAAAGUUAGGCCUGGUAUACGACAAGAAAACCAGUGGUUAAUGUAUAGCAGUGAGAAUAUCCCAAAAAAUUCUAAAGACUGGAAUGAACCAAGGUAUGUUCAUGAUCAAUACACAGGAUACUACAGCUGGCCGAAAUCUUUGGAAGUAUAUGAUUCUUCUUCAAAACAAGAAACUGCUGCUAAAAGACUGAAUAAUUUAACGGAAAUAGAAAAAGAUAUCUUAGAAUUUUAUACGAACGAAGAAAAUUUAGAAAAACUCAUUAAAUUUUUAUCUUUGGAGGAAAGAAAAGGCCGGGAUCAAUUCAACGCCUAUAGAUUUUUUGCAUUUAAGAACUUAUUUAAAAUGUUUGAAGACGUAUUAUUACCUUAUUUUUUACCCCAUUUGAAGAGACUAGUUGAAGAUAAACUAGAAUCUAGCCAAAGAUGUGCGGCAGAAAUUAUAAGCGGUAUAAUACGAGGAUCAAAACAUUGGGAGUACGAAAAAGUAAAAAAUCUCUGGUCUACACUCCUGCCUUUACUAGAGAGGGCGAUAGUCAAUAUUUCAACUGAAACACAAACCGACUGGGCUUUGUGUAUUACAAUGGGACUCGAAUCUCGAGAUCCAAACAGACAUCAUUGGCUGAUUGAGUAUUUUCUACAGGAUCCACUAAAAGAUCCCACAAUUUUAGUAGCUUGUACCCGUCUGCAUUUACUAUUUGUGGCCAUAAGUCAACAAUCAUGGCGAAAUACAGAAAUAUCUGGUCGACUUCUGGAGUAUCUUCAACCGCAUCUAGCUCAUCAGUUCAAAAAUAUUCGUGAACGGAUAUCAGCUUUAUUAGCCGUUACUUUUAGCAAUGUGGGGCAAGGCGUUGAUGAUGGAACUGGAGAUGGCUACUCAAAAAUGAAGAAGUUUUUUGAGAUGGUUUCGCCAAAACUGAAAUGUUUAUUAGAUAUGUCUUUAGCAAAAAUAGAUGAAGAAAAUAAAGACACUGCGUUAGAAACUGAUAGCAAAAAUGAAGAAAAAGAGUCUCUGAUUAGGUUAUUUAAAGUAGUUUCUAAAUUCGUGAUGACAUACAUGGUUCGAAUGAACUACUUUGCGCGAAAGGAAUUCCUCGAACUAAUACCUUUAGCUGCGUUAUUUCAAAAUAACGAAGCUGAUGAGGAGCUGGCAACAUUGUCGACUAAUUUAUUAGUGGUAUUGUCAGAAACAGGUACUUCUCCCAAGCACAUUCCGGAUGCUAUAGAUGUCAUUAAGAGAGUUGCCAGAUGCCCGUCAUGGUCAGCCAGGGCAAUAAUUGCAGAAUUUUUACCCAUUUAUACGUUUUACAACAUGGCCGCUAUUAAUUCAAGAAGGGAGUGGGUUUUGGAAAUACAAUCUAUAGUACUGGAAUUAUUGGAAGAUCCUCGACAUGAGGUUAGAAUUCAAGCUGCUAAAGAUUUGAGUGGUUUAUUACACUGCCAGUUCAUUCCAGAACCAAGUGAAUUAUUGACUCAGUUCAAACAAAAAGCCAAAACUAAAUAUAAGAAAAAAGAUGCUGCAGCUUCAACAAGUAAUAAUAUAAAAACCAAGCAUGCCGCAGUUCUUGGAUUAUGUGCCUUUAUAGAAUCCCAUCCUUACGACGUACCUGAUGAUUUACCAGAAAUUUUUCAACAUCUUAGGCCCCAUCUUAGUGAUCCACAACCCAUUCCUGCAACAAUCCGUAAGACUUUAGGAGAUUUUAAACGAACUCAUCACAAUAAUUGGGAAACGCAUAAACUUAAAUUUACAGAAGAAGAGCUUUGUCUACUAAGCGAUCUAACAGUGCCCCCAAGUUAUUAUGUAUAGCAAUAUUAAUUUUUUGAGAAACCAAUUUAAUUCAAUUUUGUGAUAUAGUGAGGAAGAAAAGGUAGAUAUUCAUGUUGUAAGUACGUCAUGCUACAGAAAAACCAACGACAAACUAUUUUAAUAAAAUAUAUUGUUUAUAAUAUCACUAUUACUAAUAUUAGUGUCUAAAAAAUAUACCAGGUUUUAUUACUGAAACAAUAACAGUGUUUUAGAAAUUAACUGAACUAUCGAAGAUAGUGUGCGUUCAUUGGGGAUGGAAUCUUUUCUUAUUAAAAUUUAGAUUAGAUUGCUUUUCACCCUCCAGCUCAAAAAUUAUAUACGAUAUAAAAUAAUAUGGGAAAAUAUUAAAGGAACUGAAAAUAAUCACAUAAAUGAAUAGUAGAGACUCAAUUAAUCAGACUAAUAGUUGUCAUUCUGCAUUCGGACAAUCAAAUGAAUUGAGAAACGCGAUUUUUUUAUGUACUUUGCAUAAUGAGGCUAGAUAAUCAUUAAAAACAACAAUUAUUUGAAAAAAAUUAUGUAAGUGAUACAAAUAUAUAAUAAUUGACAAAAAACAAUCAAUAUUUCAUGCUAAGCAAAUGAUUUGGAACGUAACGGUCAUAAUAAUAUUUAUUGGUAUUGCUUAAGAAUAGAAAUAAAAGUUUAGUUGACUACACAACUUACUUGUGACACAUCCAAUUAAAUAAUGUAAUGAAAAUCGGUACCUAAACAUACUAUACUGUUCACUGUAACCACUACUCCAACACUCACAAUUACAUUGUCUGAUCUCCCUCUUUCGAUAACCAAGUCUUCAGAGACGGAGUACCUUUGAUCUGUGAACUGAUGUAGUGGUAGUAAGUAUUAUGUUAUUCAUUAAGAAUAUCAUUAAUAGUUCCACACAUUCCAACCUUGUUUAAACAAAAUUUGCAUUCAAAUUGGAUAAACACAUUUUUCUGUAGGGUGGCAGAAAUCGACAUGACACCUGAUUUAACUUUUUUAUCGGUGACGGCUCGUUGAAUCAUGGAUUAAUCAUAAUUGUAGAUACUGGUGUACUUGUAGUCUUAUAAGAAAUUGGUUUAUUAUGAGUUUUAUCCAUGGUAUAAGUACACUCAUUGCCUUUAGUUCGAAGUUUUUCAAUAAUUUUACAAUAUUACAAAGUAUAUUCGCGUACUAUUAAAUUACCAACUGACUCCAAUUAUCUACUAAGAGUGGUAGAGUACAGGGUAAAUUGAAAGCUUUCUUAUAAGUCAUUGUUGUUUACAAAUGAUUAUUGAGCUGUUAAAAAUAUUGAAUUUGUCCUUGGAUAAGACUAAUUUAAGUUUAAAAAGUCAAGUAUGUUUCGGAAAUUUUUCAAAAAAAUCUAUUUUUCUGUAAAGUGUCUUCUAGUGGCAAAUAUUGAAAGUUAUUGGGAAAAAUUGUUAAGAAUUAGCAUAUACUAAAUUUCGAUAUCAAUUGUGUAAUUUUUAUUAUAGAAAAAAUUAAUGCUUGGCUCAUUACUAUUGGCUUAAUGCUGAUUAGUGAUCAUGAAUGAGUUUAAAAUCACAGAUUGAAUUUUAGGGUUUACUGAUCCUCUUCCUAUAUCUGCGUUUUUCGGAAUUAUCCAAAAGGUUGUUCUCUUGUUUUACAACUUUACGUUCUAGCAGUUCUUUUGGAAAAUUUGUUUACUUUCUAAUCAAAUGACACUUUUAUUUGAAAUCAUAUUUUUAUAAAGCAAUAUAUUAAUGAUAUAUUUUAAAUAUAUAACUUUUUGUUUUUGUUGUGUAUUUUACCUAACUAUUUUUAGUAAAAUUAUUAUCUUCUAAAAUAAUCCCUGAGUUUUUGAUCGUUUGCAAAAUACCUUUUGUUUUUGCACUAAUGUUUUUUAGAAGCAAAGAUUUGUGAAAAUAAAUGCGUAAAGUCAUACUUGAAACACAUUCACUAGAAUUCAUCCAGUUUUUUGCAACGUUUAAAUCAAAGGCGGAAUAUUCACAGAUAUUUUUGAAAUAGUCUGCAAUUCCAAAAACACAAAUGUGUUAACAUUCAGCAUUAUAUGUAAUGUGGUACAUUCAGAGAUAUUAAAUAUAAUAAUUGACAACGCCAAACACACCAAAGUGACACAUUUAGAUAUUUUGAAUAAUUGUUGCAAACACAUUCAGUUGUCUAUUUUCUCAUAUACUUCUUUAGAAAUAUAUCCAAGAAAAGAAAUUUGAUUAUUUAUCAAAUAUUUGGAAAUUAUUUUAUCGGUUCCAUCGCACAUAACGAGCCCUCACUGGUUGAAUGACGAAUUUCAAAGAAAAAACUUGUUCAAGUAUAUUUUUACCUCUGUUUUGUGUUUGAUUAGUAAAUUAAGAUCUAAUAUAAUUUCACUUUUUUUAAAAUUAUUUUAUUACUGUUUGUUCAUCAUAGUAUUUUUCUGUUUUAAAAGGUUAAGGUUCUUUAUUAUAAUAGCAAACAAAAAUGUAGUUAUAUUGCAAUGUUUUAAUAAAAAGUUUUUUAAUCCA